AUGGCACCGUAUGAAAUGUUGUACGGGAGGAAAUGUAGAACUCCCAUUUGUUGGGGAGAAGUGGGGCAAAGAGAAAUUGCGCCCAACGAUGUGAUAGCCAAGACUAAUGAGAAGAUCGAUCUCGUCCGAGCCCGUUUAAAGGCAGCUCAAGAUCGACAUAAAGCCUAUGCAGAUCGAAGAAGACGCCCUAUUGAGUUUCAAGUAGGUGAUCGUGUGUUAUUGAAGGUGACCCCAUGGAAAGGUAUAAUCCGUUUCCGAAAGCGGGGAAAGCUAGGUCCUCGUUAUAUAUGGCCAUUCAAGAUUCUAGCUCGAGUCGGGAAGGUAGCACACCGGUUGGAAUUACCUCCAACCUUAGAUGGAAUACAUGACACAUUCCAUGUGUCACAAUUAAGAAAGUGUUUGGCAGAAGAGAAGGCAUACGUGCCCCUUGACGAUAUUGUAUUAGACGAGAGAUUGAAUUACGUUGAAAGACCGAUAGCUAUCAAGGAUUCUAAGGUAACACACCUUCGAAACAAAGCUAUAAAGCAAGUCUUGGUGCAAUGGAAACAUCGGAAAGGAUCAGAUCUCACAUGGGAGCUAGAGGAUGAUAUGAGGGAGCAUUACCCGGCGUUAUUUGAUGUAGAUUUCAUGAUGUCUUACCAAGUAGAGUAUGUAGACGAGUAUGAGAUAUAA